AUGGUUGUAAUGGAAACUCGAAUUGGGGGUGAUCGGGCUAAGCAGAUCACUGAUAGGAUGCCUUUUGACGGAGCCUAUCAUACGGAGACUAUUGGGUAUUCUGGUGGCCUUUGGAUGCUCUGGAGCUCGGAUAGAGUUGAGGUCACACCACUGUCAAGCACUGAGCAGGAGAUCCAUGCAGUAGUUAAGGUACGAAAUUCAAACUCUAGCUGGAUGUUUACUGCUGUGUAUGCUAGUCCUAGGACUGCUGAAAGACAUAUUCUGUGGAAUAAUUUAGCAAAUGUAGCUGAUCUUCAUAACAUGGCUUGGGUGGUAGCGGGUGAUUUCAAUGAACCGCUUAUAGGUGAGGAUAAAUUUGGGGGUAGAGCAGUUAGUGUCAAUAGGUCUCUUUUGUUCAAAGAAUGUCUGGAUAAGUGUAGUAUGAUAGACAUUGGUUUUUCUGGGCCCCGGUUCACUUGGACCAAUAGAAGAGAUCUUCAUGGCCUAAUUCAAGAAAGGAUAGAUAGAUUUUUUGUGAAUCCCAGCUGGUGUCUGUUAUAUCCGGAAGCGAAAGUGGUGCAUCUUACCAGGAAGAAGAAUAUCAUGGCAAGGCUUAAUGGCAUCCAGCGAGCUUUAGCUAAUAGGCCUUCAAAUUUUCUCAUCAAUCUUGAAAAUGAGUUGUUGAAAGAGCUGGAGGUUGUGCAUAGUCAAGAGGAGGAGAUUUGGGCCUUAAAGUCUCGGGUUAACUGGUUGGUUCAAGGUGAUAGAAACACUAAUUUUUAUCAUGUAUCUACUUUGGUUAGGAGGAAAAGGAACCAGAUUUUGGCGAUCAAGGAUUCAGUGGGUGAGUGGCUGUGUGAGGAAAGGGCUAUUAAGGAGUACAUUAGGAAUGGGUUUGAGGGUAUUUAUACCUCCUCCUUUUCCUGUGUUACCCGAGAUGUCCCAUCUAGUUCCCGUUGGCAGGUUAGCCUUUCUGAAGAGGAAAAACAGAGCAUUGGGGGGGCUGCCUCGGAGGAUGAAAUUAAAGCGGCGUUGUGGUCCUUGAAAGCUUUCAAAGCGCCGGGGCCGGAUGGUUUGCAUGCUGGCUUUUUCCAUAGGUUUUGGGUGAUUGUGGGUAGCUCGGUGAUUAAUGUAGUGAAGAAGGUGUUUCUAGAGCGAAAAGUUCCGGAAUAUCUUAACAAGACCCACAUUGCUCUUAUUCCAAAAAUCCAAGGGCCGGAAACGAUUGCUAACUAUAGGCCGAUUAGCCUAUGCAAUACCGUCUACAAAAUCAUCACUAAGAUCAUUGUUGCCCGAAUAAGGCCACACUUGGAGAAGCUCAUUUCACCCCUCCAAGCAGCCUUUGUUCCGGGUAGGAAGGGAGUAGAUAAUGCAAUCAUAGUGCAAGAAGUUAUUCAUUCCUUGGGUAAGAAAAAGGGGAAAGUGGGCUAUAUGGCCUUGAAGAUCGAUCUUGAGAAGGCUUACGACAAGCUUGAGUGGAGUUUCAUAAGGGAAGUUCUCAUUAGAGCAAAUUUGCCGGCUGAUUUGAUUGAUAUAAUCAUGAGUUGCAUCUCCACCGUUUCUACGUCUAUCUUGUUUAAUGGUGAAGCAUUGGAGCCUAUAUACCCUUCAAGAGGGAUAAGACAAGGAGACCCGCUAUCUCCAUACUUGUUUAUUCUUUGUAUGGAGUAUUUGGGUCAACUUAUUGUGGAAAAAUGUAAUGCCAAACUUUGGCAGCCAGUUAAGGCGUCUAGUGGUGGGCCGGCGUUCUCUCAUUUGUUUUUCGCAGAUGAUUUGGUUUUGUUUGCUAGGGCUGAUGGCACUAAUUGUUCUACUGUUAGAGAUGUUUUGGAUGAGUUUUGUAGCUUAUCUGGGCAAACUAUUAGUGAAGCGAAGUCUAGAGUCUAUUUCUCGCCUAAUGUGGAUAGGGAUACUAGGGAAUCCUUAAGUGAUAUUCUUGGCUUUGCCUCAACUCCUUCGCUUGGUAAGUACCUUGGGAUUCCUAUUAUGCAUCCGAGAUCCUCGUCCCAUGAGUACAACUUUGUUUUGGAUAGGGUUAAGCAAAAACUUGCAGGAUGGAAGGCGAAUAUGCUUUCCUUUGCGGGUCGAGCUGUCCUUAUUCAAGCCUCUUCUGCUGCUAUACCAUCCUAUAUCAUGCAGUGCACUAAGCUACCGGGAAGAAUUUUGGAUGGGAUUGAUCGGGUAAAUAGAAAUUUCCUAUGGGGAACCACGGAUACCGCCAAGAAGAUCCACUGGGUGGGGUGGCAAAAAGUUACUAGAACAAAAGAGGAAGGGGGGCUUGGGUUGCAGGAAGCUAAAGGUAGAAAUACAGCCCUCCUUGCCAAGCUUAAUUGGCGGCUGCACAUGGAGAGCGAAGCUUUGUGGGCACAAGUCCUUUGGCAAAAGUACCAUAACAAUAGAAGGCUUAAUGCUAGAAAUCCGGACAGACUACCUUGCUCCCAGGUCUGGACAGCCAUAAAAAGAGGUAGGGAGACCUUCAAGAAGGGUAGUUUGAUGAUGAUUAGCAGGGAUAGUAACAUUAGUUUUUGGAGGGGCAAUUGGCUGAGCAAAGGCCCUCUCCGAAACUUGAUUCAAGGGCCUCUAACUCAAGGUGCAACCCAAUUGGAAGUUAAGGAUGUCCUUACAGAUACGGGGUGGGAUUGGAGCAAAAUUCCUUUUGAAUUGCCUUUGGAUGUAAAAUCCUUGAUUCAAGCCAUUCCUACACCCUUCACUAGUAGAGGAAGGGAGAGAAUCUCUUGGAUGGGCAAUCCAAGAGGCACUUUUGAUUUAAGGAGUGCUUACUCCAUUGCCAUGGGAGCGGAAGCUGACUUGGGUGUGCAUGAUUUUGGGUGGAUUUGGAGGUUGAACACUUUGCCCCGCAUCAAGACCUUCUUGUGGAUGUGUGCUCAUGGUAGUAUAGGGGUUAAGGCUUGUCUUGUGAAAAGAAGAGUAGUUGAGGAGGAGUCAUGCCCAAUCUGCCAAAGGGCCUCAGAAACAAUUCUUCAUGCUCUUAGGGACUGCCAAAAUGUUAAAGAAGUAUGGCAGCAGCUGGGAAUUCAAAGGACUGACCGAGUGUUUUGGACUAGCAACUUACAAGAUUGGAUCAAGAUCAAUAGCAAAGAUAGGGGAAGCUGUUUUCAAGGUAAUCCUCCAUGGAAUAUUUUAUUUCCUGUAGCAGUUUGGAACUUAUGGAAGAGUAGAAACAUGAUUAUUUUUAAAAGGAAGAGCCAAAACCCAAAUCUUUCCAAUGUAAUUGUGAACCAAGCUAUGGAGUUUUUGUGUUAUGUAGCUUCUCCUAGGAGCCCAACUCGAGUUGUGACUAGAAGCAUCAGAUGGGAGAAGCCAGCAAUGGGAUGGAAGAAAUUGAAUACCGAUGGGUCGGUUUUGGGUAGACUUGGUCAAGCAGGCUGCGGUGGUGUUGUUAGAGAUGAUAAUGGGAGUUGGAUAGCGGGUUUCACAAGGCAUAUAGGUUCUACAAACUGUUUUGCAGCUGAACUUUGGGGUCUAAGGGAUGGUCUCAGCUUGUGCCUUUCUCUUAAUAUUCCAUGUCUUGUUGUAGAGUUGGAUGCUAAAGCAGUGGUUGAUGUCUUAAGGAACUACAACUAUGAUAACACUAUUAUAUCUCCUAUAAUGGAUGAUUGCAGGAAGCUACUAUCCUGUUUUCAGCAAAUUCAGAUCAAGCACUGCUACCGGCAAGCUAACAGAUGUGCAGACUUGUUGGCCAAAAUGGGAGUGGAGCAGGAAAUAGAUUUUCUUAAGUUUUUGAAUCCGCCUGUGGAUGUUUUGCAAAUUCUUCAGGAUGAUAGGAUUGGUUUGUAUGUAAAUAGGACCUGCCAUGGGCCUGUUGUUUCUCUUUGA